AUGGCCGCCUCCAUGAUGAAACUGGCCGGGUUGGUGUUGCUUGCCGCUAUCUGCAGCGUGAAUGCAAAUAAGAGGACGUUGGUAUUGGUAGACAAUUGGUCCAUCAGAGAAACACAUUCAGUCUUCUUCAAGUCGUUAAGAGAUCAAGGAUUUGAACUGACUUUCAAGACAGCUGACGAUGGAGGUUUGGCAUUGGUGAAGUUUGGCGAGUUUCUAUAUGAUAAUCUUAUCAUCUUUUCCCCAUCAGUUGAAGAAUUUGGAGGAACUGUAGAUGUGGCAGCUCUAACUAACUUUAUUGAUGGCGGAGGAAAUGUUCUGGUGGCUGGAAGCUCCAACAUUGGCGAUCCGCUAAGAGAACUGGCUACAGAAUGUGGUUUGGAGUUUGAUGAAGAAAAAUCUUCUGUCAUUGAUCAUUUGAAUUAUGAUGCUCAAGAUCAGGGAAAGCAUACCUUGAUUGUGGCAGAUCCUAAAAACCUGUUAGAUGCUCCUAUGAUUGUGGGAACUCAGGCCACAUCUCCUCUCCUCUUCAGAGGUGUAGGAAUGAUUGCUGACCCGGAGAACCCCCUGGUGUUAAAUGUCUUGCAUGCAUCUUCCACUGCCUACUCCUUCAACCCUGACAACAAGAUCGAAGAUUACCCUCAUGCGGUGGGAAGUAGCACAUUGCUGGUGGCUGGUCUACAGGCUAGGAAUAAUGCUCGUGUUAUGUUUGUUGGAUCUCUGGACUUCUUCAGUGAUGAAUUCUUCACUUCUCCAGUACAUCAUGCAAUUACCAACAAAAGAUAUGAGAAGUCAGGCAAUGAACAGCUAUCCAUGAACCUUGCCCAGUGGGUGUUCAAAGAGAAGGGUGUCCUUCGUGUGGGAACUGUCAAACACAACAAAAAGGGAGAGUCCGCACCACCAGUGGCCUACACAGUUUACGAGGAAGUGGAGUACUCCAUUGGUAUUGAAGAGCUGAAGGGAGGACAAUGGAAACCAUUUGAUCGUAAGGAUGUCCAGCUGGAGUUUGUACGCAUUGACCCUUUUGUGAGGACCUUGUUAACAGGAAAGAAUGGUGUGUUUGGUGUAACCUUCAAACUGCCAGAUGUUUAUGGUGUUUACCAGUUCCGUGUCGAUUACAACAGAAUAGGAUACACUCACCUGUACAGUACCACACAAGUUUCUGUGCGGCCACUGGAACACACCCAAUAUGAGAGGUUUAUCCCUUCAGCAUUCCCUUACUAUGCCAGUGCAUUCUCUAUGAUGGCAGGAGUGGUUAUAUUCAGUUUGGUAUUCCUACAUUUCAAUGAUGCACCAAAGGAAAAAAGAGAAUAACCAACUAUCUCUGUUUUAAUUGGGAAAUAAUGCAUCCAUUUGAAUCAUAUGUACCAGGAGAAAAACACUGUGCUAAAUUGAGCUUGAAAAUAUGUUUCGAGUGUCUAGAUUAAAUUAACUUCUUUCAUUAUUGUUGGAUAUGCAACCAGAAACAGGAAAUCAUUUUUCUGUAGUGAUCUCAUCAAAGAUUUUGUCGUAAACAAGUUUAAAUUUAUUCCAUCUCUUCAUAUGUUGUAUUUUUUAUAUAGAAAGAAGAAAUCCUUGAAUUACAAAAAAUGAUUAAAAAAAACCAA